CACAUUGUACAAUACAUGCAUGCAUGGCACUGAUUGCGCGGCGAAGUUCUUAAUUUGACGGCCGGCAAAAAUGGCCAUAAAUGCCGAAGAACACGUUGAAGUUGCCGACAGAAUGUCACAUAAUGUUGACAAAGGUCGGGUCAAAGUCAAAAGAGCUGGUCGCAAUCAUGCCGGGGCAAAGGAACUUGCUGGCUACUACUCAAAUGGCAAGCGUAUUCAGGAAUACAUCUGUAUCAUCAUUGGUUCCUGUCUACUCGCAUUCAACACCUACAAUGUCUUGCUCAACUUUAGACUUGAAAAUUGGAAAUGGCAUGUUGCCAGUGUGUUUUUUGGUAUUGUGAUGUCUGAUUUUGCAUCUGGUGUGGUACAUUGGCUGUCUGAUUCAUAUGGCUCUGUCAGUAUGCCACUGUUUGGAAAGGCUUUCAUCAGGCCCUUCAGGGAGCAUCAUAUUGAUCCCACAGCGCUUUGUCGUCAUGAUUUCAUCGAAGCUAACGGAGAUAACUUCAUGCUUACCAUCCCUUACUUCUCCUAUCAAGCUUACAAGUUUUCCACCCAAACACCCGAGCAAAUCCAGUCGUUCGUCUUGUUUGAAUCCUUCAUGCUGACGUUAGGUUUCUUCGUCAUGCUCACCAACCAGAUCCACAAGUGGUCCCACACUUAUUUUGGACUCCCUCGCUGGGUGACCCUACUGCAGGAUCUUCACCUGAUUCUACCCCGUAAACACCAUCGUGUCCAUCACGUCGCACCCCAUGAGACGUACUUCUGCAUCACUACAGGGUGGCUGGACUACCCUCUGGAGAUGUUGGGUUUCUGGCCGGCCAUGGAGGGUCUUGUCGAGAGCCUGACUGGGAUCAAACCAAGAACGGAUGACAUGAAGUGGUGUAACAAGGAGGACAUCAGAUAACUUCAUUUAUUUUAAAGCCCUUUUCACACUGGAUCUCUUAUCCCUGGGGAAUACAACCCUGGGGAGGCCCCAGGAUUUUGUUUGACGCCACAGUUUAUAUAAAUCCUCCAGCGCACUUUCACACUGUGUCCUUAUAUCACAGGGUUCUGGUUGCACGUUUCAAGAAUACCUCAUGGUUUUACUACUUACUCCCUCUCCGGGAUGACUACUCCUCAGGGUAUGCCAAUUUGCCGGGGCAGACUGGGGUAAAGCGAGCAUUGUGUGAAAAGGCUGGUUGUUAUUCACCAGGGGGCAACCCUGGGAUUAGAGUAGUGUGUCCUUAACUCACGGGGUUCUGGUUGCACGUUUCAAGAAUACCUCAUGGUUUUACUACUUACUCCCUCUCCGGGAUGACUACUCCUCAGGGUAUGCCAAUUUGCCGGGGCAGACUGGGGUAAAGCGAGCAUUGUGUGAAAAGGCUGGUCGUUAUUCACCAGGGGGCAACUCUGGGAAUAGAGUUAGUGUGAAAAGGGCUUCUAAUACUCCUCUCCACCCAUCCACUGGGUCUUGUAGAUUGUAGGAAACCUAAUCCCAACUUUCUAUUCUUCUCCUCUAAAAAAAUGAUAAGUAAUGUUAAUUUGGUGUGAAAUCACCAUCAGUUUUAUUUAUUUUUGUAUUAGUGUAAAACUUAUUUUCUCUGCUAACAGUUCUAGUAAUGGUUUAAUAAUCAAUGGCAAGCUCAGCUCAGCAGUUGUGCUCGAUGAAAUUAAUUUAGUUAUUAAUUAAUAAAAAUAAGCCUUGGACUUUAUUCUAUCUCAGAAUUUAGAUAUUUCUAACGAAAUUCUUCACACUUUUUGGUGAUUUGAUUUGCUUUGGAUGUUUAUUUCGUAAAAUCUGACAAAAUAUUGUUUUCCGUCCAAAUUUAAUUUGGAUAGGAUUAGAGUAAGUUGUGUUUGAGGGUAAUUUGCAAUCAGACAAAUAGCUCCAGUUUACAGGCAUGCAACUCUUCCGCGUUUCCGCGGAAUUCCGCGUUUUUAUUUUUUUUAAAUGUGAAAAAAGAA